UGAUCCUAGGGAUAAUAAGGUUUUCAAGAGACAGUUGAAUUUAAAUAUUUUUCUUUAUUUGUAGAAUAUGUUAAGGCGUUAAACUAAACAAAGGACGUAUUUUCCAGUACAUUAAUAGUUGAUAUGAUAAACGUAUAACAGUUGGUAAUACUUCUGACAUUGUAUACGAUUCGGAAUGAUUCUUAGAAAUAUUUUUCUUUUUUAUUGGUGCUUGUCAGUCUGCAAUGGACAAACAGGGGAUGACGUGAAAAACUUGGUUACCCAAUUGUUUACUACCAACACUUAUAAAAAGAAUGUCCGUCCAAACGCUGACCAAACAAAGCCAAUGCAGGUGGACUUGGACUUCUAUCUUGUCGGCAUCAAUGGAAUAGACGAAAUAACACAAAAAUUAACAACAACCGGUUUUCUAUUUAUAAGUUGGACGGACGAGUACCUUACAUGGACUCAAGCUUCACACGGUGGCGUAGAAUAUAUCUAUGUUUCUCAAAGUGAUAUAUGGAAACCAGAUAUAUCACUUCAAAAUGGAUUUUCGAAACUUAAGGAAUUUGGUAGUAGUUUUAUAAAUGUUCAGAUUUUGCCAAACGGCGAAGUUACUUGGUUGCCAACUGAAGUGUUUGAAACAAAGUGUAAUAUUGAUAUCAAAUAUUUUCCUUUUGAUCGUCAAACAUGCGAAAUAGUUUUUGUUGUAUGGUCCAGCAGCAUAUUGGACGUAAAUGUGACAAAAGGAAGUAGAGGCAUACUUCUGGAAGCAUUAGAUCCUAAUGGUGUGUGGAGUGUUGUAUCGACAUCGGCCAGGGACGAUGUAUUGUCGUCGGAGUCAAGAGUUGUAUUUACUAUAACGCUCGAGCGUAGUUCAGCGUACUACGUCAUGAAUGUCAUUGUUCCAGUUAUAUUACUUGGAAUACUAAAUGUUUUUACGUUUGUAAUCCCAGCAGACAGUGGGGAGAAAAUGGGAUACUCCAUCACAGUUUUUCUGGCAUUUGCCGUCUUCUUAACAAUUAUAAGUUCUGAACUUCCGAAGACAUCGGGAUCAUUACUGGGAAACUAUCUUAUGUUCCAAAUGGGCAUAGGAACGUUCGUUGUAGCUGUGACAGCGUUUGAACUUCGAAUUCAUCAUCGGAAGGACAAAGUCCCAAAUAAAAUUCAAAGAAUUUUCAGAAGUAAAUGUAAAACGCGAGUUAAAAGUUCAGAUAAAACUUUUGACAAUCCGGAAAAAGAAAAGGAAAGUGAGGAUGCAGAAAAGACCUGGCGUGAUAUAACAUCAACAACAGACUUUAUAUUGUUCUGGGUAUCAUUGAUUUCCACGUUCGUAGUAACUGUGACCAUUUUAGGAUUACUGUCAUCGAAAUAUUAAUAUAAGUAGUUUACUUUACUAUUGAGAAUACUUUUAUAAAUCCAUUCAUUCUGAGUAUAUGUUUUACAUAUAUCUUUAUUGCAUAACGAUUAAGAGCCUGGUACAAACUAUUAUGUGAUCAAUAUCUUGAUUGUUUAAUAAUCAUAGAUUUCAAUACGGAACUGUAAUUUAUCUGAAACUAGCUUUUAUCAAUGUUUUACAAUAUUUCUAACAUAAUGUCAAUGGACAUUUUUUGUUGAUUGUGUAUUUUGAUGAUAUUUAAAAACAGCUACUUUCUUUAAAAUGAUUCUUUUUAGGGAAAAACAAUUUCAUAUUCAUUAAUAUAAGACGAUGACUUGUCAAAACUUCAUUUACGGGUAAAAAGGCAUCCUCUUGUUUAUUUGUAUUUCCAUUUCCAUUCUCAAAUUUAUCAAAUCACUAAUUAGCAUAACGAUUCAGCACCCAAUUUAUUUUUACAUGCAAUUUCAUGCACAAAGAAAUAAACUUUCAAGUUAUACACUGUCCACACUGAACUAUAUCUAUGUCCUCGGACCUAAUAGGAUAGAAAGACUUGACCAAUUCUAAACUUUGUAAGAUCUAAGAUUAGGAAAAUGUGCGAUAGUCGGUAAAGUUGUAUGGCCAUAGGAUACUUGUAUAUAUUUCAGACACGGCGGUAAUUUUAAUAUCGAAAUUUGGAUGCAUAAUAUUCCCGUUUUAAUCAAAUGACUUUAGCUGUCAAAAUUGGGCCUUAAAAUAAUUGCUUAUAAAAUGCUCUUAUAAUUGUGUCCAUGGGUCAAUUAUAUACAAGAUUUCAGUACCUUAUUUUUUAUAUUUGUAUGGUGGUAUCAAAGUGUUGACCGAAGGAUAUUUUUGUAAAAAGCGCCCUUCGCGCGCUUCAUACAAAGUGUACUUCUGUCAAUGCUUUUACUUCCCAAUAAAAUUACCAAAAAAAACCAUUCAAUUCUAAAAUAAACCUCGCAUUUCUCAAACUAAUCCUUUACCAGGUUAAUAAUUACACAACGUUGACUAUUGUUCCCUUAUUUUUUACUUUUACCUAUUAUAUCUGUUUGUUAUGGUCAGACAUCGUUGUCAAUAUAAGGGAAUUUUAUAGAACUGUCAUACAAGUGAGUGGUUGUGCUAGCUAUAAAACCAGGUUUAAUCCACCAUUUUCUACAUAGCAGAUGCAUGUAUCAAGUAAAGAAUGUGACAGUUGUUAUUCGUUCGUUUGAUGUAUUUGAGCUUUUGAUUUUGCCAUUUGAUUAGGGACUUUCCGUUAUGAACAAAUUUUGAAUUUUAGUUCAGUUUUUUUUUGUAAAUUAACUUUUUUGGGAAAAUUUUACCUGCACUUAUAGCAUUUGAUGGCUUUGGCUACUUUAGAAUCUGAAGAUAUCCCGCCAUCAUGAAGGGAAAAGGUUAUGUAAGAAAAAAUGAGUUGCGAAUACAUUAUGCUUAUUCUGUCUUGUUGCAAAAUAGCUUGAUGAAUAGAUUUGUGUUUAAAUAAAUUGGCAGCAAGAAUGUAUUAAGCUGACACGCCGAUCCGCAUUUAAUCUUGCUAGUUCACUACGUUAUUGCCCAUUUAAUUGGUCGAUUAGUCUCCCUAAAAAAAAAACUUGCAUCAAUAGAUUCCGUGUUGGCUCUUUCUUCAAUGCUAAUUUGAGAGCAAAUACCAAUUUUAUGUUUGUGUUGGUUGAAACGUCCGGGAAAAGAAAUCACACGCAAUAUGCAAGUGACAGCGGGCUGUCCUAAAAGCUAAGUUAAGAUCCGUUUUAUCAAAUGCAAUCUCAUGAAACUGAACUUUAAAUUGCUUAUUUGAAUAAAAAUAUUUACAAAGGGCUUUAAACUAAUAAUCAAAUUCUUAAAUAUACCUUUUUUAAUAAACAGACAUGAAUAUGUCUUGAUUGUUUGUUUUGUUGUCCAGCAACUAGUUUCCUUUAAUUAUUUUUAGCUAUUCAAUUGUACGGAUUUUAAAUGACAGAUAAGUCGUGAAAUAUAAGUAUUUCAUUUAAUCAUCAAACAGACUGUUGUUUAAAAUAUGUUUUUCCUUAUAAUAUAUUACUUACAUUCUUAUAGAAUCAA